AUGAUUCGACAGGAUGCGCCUGGUGCGCUGACCCUUGCUGGACCCUUGAAUGAUGCAUCGGAAUCUCAGGAGACUGAUGAGCGAGGUCUCGCGACCCCAGAAGACAGCGCAAAAGUAGGCGAGCAAGGUCCAAUUGAUGCUGAGAACAUCCCACGAAGUCUGCAGGCUGAAAGCAACGGACUGAGGCCAGCAUACUUGCUUGGUGAAGACAUCGGGGCUAUGCAGAUGACACCACCAAGUGUCACGCAGCAGAGCACAUUGCCAAAUGAGGCUUUCUUACAACCAGACUUUACUGAUCCAUAUUGGGACCCCUUCUCAAAUCAUCCGUGGUGUUCAGUCACACAAUUUCAAUUUCCGGACAUGCGAUUCGAAGACUCAUUGGCGCAGCCGAAAUCGUCCAAGAAUUGA